AUGGCAUCGAUCAAGUCCCUCUUGAAUCCGGCCCCCGAACUUCCCGUGCAUACUUCUCCCAGCUUCGGUGCUUCAUACAACUCCCCUAGCAUAAGCAUGGCAAGAAGCCUAAACCCGGGCCGCCACAGGCUCGCCGCGAAAUACAAGAUCCCCAAAGACGCUCCCGUCUUCAAGGAAAAUGACCCACAGGGCGAGAUUCGCUAUCCUCCCUGUGAAGACCGUCCGGAUCCAAUCGCCGACGAGCACCGGAAAUUGGAACUCUACCCAUGGGGCCGGAUGCAAGGAUUGGUAAAUAUCCUCGAACGAUUCCUUACCGGAGCGAGAAGAAGUCUUUCGAGGAGAAGACGGGCCGCAGUAAAUUUGAGGUAUAUAUUCCGUUACGGGGAUCCGGGGGAGAGAUGGAUCAUGAUGUGGGAUUAUAACAUCGGACUUGUUCGAAUCACCCACCUAUUCAAAGCACUGGGUUAUACGAAGACAACCCCGGCCAAAGUCCUCGCUCAAAACCCCGGACUCCGCGACAUCUGUCACAGCAUAACUGGAGGAGCAAUCGCAGCCCAAGGAUACUGGAUGCCCUUCGAAGCAGCCAGAGCCCUAGCAAUCCGCUUCUGCCACCCAAUCCGCUACGCCCUAACCCCCCAUAUUCGGCCCGGACUUCCCAAAAAUGUCGUCAUAGACCGCGCCACAAAAACAGCCCACUACUACCGCUCCCUCGAAGCACCCACCACGACGAGCAGCACCAGCUGCCUUCUUCGUACUAGUACUAGUACCUCCCCCUCCGCCUCCGCCUCGCCAUGGCGAACCGAGAUACAAACACAUAUACCCAUCUGCCCAGCACUACCCGACAGACGCGCGUAUAAGUUGCCACGCCGGAGUUACGCAGAUAGUAUCGCCAGUACGCGCGGGUCAUCGUCUGAACCGUAUUGCAUGUCCCCCUCAAGUCCGGGGUCCUUUACGCCGGUGAAUGCACCCCGCUCGCACACGGAGGCAUUUCUCUCCUGCACGGAUCCAAGUCCAAGCUUAAGCGGAAGCGGAAGUAUACGUCCCAGCUACGCCGAUAGCGAGGCCGAGUCGUCGCGGUCGAGAUUCUCCCCGGUGAAUAGGAGGGUUCAUCGUCUUGGGAAGGUGCUUGAUAAGUACGAUUCCGACACCGAUACAAGCGAGUCAGUAAUCGACUCCGUCGACGACGAGCACGAUGGAGACUGGCGCGAGAUGGAGUCGCCUUCAUCUGUCUCGGUGGGAAGUAUUGCUAGUGCUAGUGCUAGUGCAGAUGUAGACGCGGACGCAGAAAGGAGAUUCACGCCUCGUUCAGAAGCGAGGAUGACUCGGAGUCCGCCGAAGCAUUUCGCGCAGGAGGUUAAGGCGGCGCAUGCUUUGGUUCAUUUGCAUAUGCAGGAGGCUACUGCCGAUGAGGACGAGGGUGGGGAUGAGGAUGACGCCGUGCCUCUGCCUGAUAAGUCUUCUGAUAUGGGCCUGGGACGUGUUUUGGAUCAGGGUGGUGCUGGUGCGCGGAAGAGACGCCGGGCUUCUGUGUAG